UAAAUCAGAAGAAAAUCGAGUUAUUAUUUUAUAUGAUUAGACCAAAACAAUAUAUAUAUAAAGAAAUAUAAAAAAUUCACACUGUACACACACAGUAGCCAAAAAUAUGACUAGCGCAAAAGAAAAGACCUUAUAAUCUCAGCUCCACCCACUCCCCCUUUCUUUACUCCUCUCUCUUCCAUUGAAAUUGAACGCAGCCAUGGAAGAUCAAACCAGUUAUCUUCUUGAUUUUCCAUAUUUCUACCUUGGAAAGAGUACGGAGGAGUUAACAGAGUCUCUUCUGAUCACAACAAUGGAGCUUGAAGCAGCAAGGUUCAAAGCUCAAGAAGAACUCCGUCUAAAAGAUGAUCAGUUGAAUCAACUCAAGCAGCUUCUGAACACCGCCAUUAAUGAAAGAAAUGAAGCUCAAGACAGAUACCAGUCUCUCGUUCUUCAGUAUCACCCUCAACAACACCAGAAACACCAUCAAAUCACCACACCUCCACCACACUCCGCCGUUUCAACCAUAGAAGAUGAACCCAUCACCAAUGGCACCUUCUCUUCCUCGGAUUGUGAAGAAAGUAUUGUUUCAUCGCCGGUGACUGAAACCCCAGUUCGAUUAACACCGCCACCGCCACCGUUGUCGUCGUUGGAGCAAGAAUUGGGUUUUCCAGUGAGAGCAUUGCCGGAAAAGGGAAGACUUUUGGAAGCAGUGAUAAAAGCAGGGCCGUUGUUACAGAACCUCCUCCUGGCUGGACCACUUCCACAUUGGCGACACCCACCUCCACCGCUAGACACCUACCAGAUUCCGCCGAUACCGGUGGUGCUACCAUCUCCACCACCGAUCAACCAUUUGCUUGGGGCAUUUACAAAGAAAAGGGGUUUUCCUGAAGGCUCUGAUUCUUCCACAGAGACCAAAUAUCAAAGAGUCGCCAUCAGAUGACUCUCUCCCGUACUAUACGAAAAGAAAGUAGACUUUUACCACUAGUAGAUAUAUGAGUAUGUUUAAAUUAGGUUUAUAUAUUUGGGCCGAUUACAAAAUAUAAUGCACCUACUAAUUUAAUCUA